UCUUAAAUGCCAUGUUUUCAUUAGCUGUAAGAUGAAAAUCAUAAAUACAGAAAUAAAGGCCAGAAAACAUAGGUCUGUGUCUACCUAAUCUAAAUAAAUGUGCUUCACGUAGUGAGUUAAGUCACUGAAGUAAAUUAACUUUUUAUUAAUAUUUUUAUUUAAAAAUUAUGACCGUACAUUUAUCGUUCUCUCCUAUUUUGAUUUGUAGAUACUGUCCAAGCUUUGUCUCAGUGAUUACAUUUAUUACUUCAAAAACUAUUAUAUUUAUAUUAUAUGAGAACUAUCAAAAGUAGCCGAGUAAAACUUCUUAGGUCUUGUUUUUAUUCAGAAAGCCCAUUUCCAAGUAGACCUUCUAACAUGCCACUCAUAGUAUGGCAGACGCUCCGACGUCUCUUUUCAAGCCCAAACUGCUGUGGAUCUUCUCCACUGUUGGAUCAAAGGUUGUAACCAUGGAUUCCUAACUGUCACUACAUGGCACCACUGCAUAGCAUGUUGUAAACAGCGUGGGCGGGAAGAGAACUGACUUGUUAGGCAAAGUGCUUUAUGACAUCAGCUGUGGAAUUAGACAACUGUGAUGUCUAAUUCCACUUUAAUGCUAUCUGUGGUAAGAUACAGUCAACAUACAUUUUCUGGAUUUUGGUGUGUUUUCAGAGAUUUUUCAACCAUCAAAUUUAACUAUUAACUGACUAUUAUUUUUGUGCUACCAUUUACCCAAAACGUAACAAUGUCAAGAGGAAAUUUCAACAUGUCUUUGCAUGGUGCAGAGAAAUGGCAGGAAUCUCGCCGGCUGUGCAUGUCGGAACAAGAAACAACCAUGCCAUUUACCUUGCAACAGAGAAAUUGUGAUCAUGAGGAAGAGUGUUUGAAGGAAAAAGCAGAAAAUGAGUAUCAUAAAAACCGAUACUUUCAAUCACAGGCUGAAUUCUUCAAAGUAAAUUCAAAGUGUAAGAGCUGUAUCGACUGUAAAGAAAUUUCAAUUGCAUUUGAAAAUCUGAGUUCUGGUGGUAAUUGCAGAGGUCUUAAGAAAGAAUUGUGUACAGAAAUGACAGCAAAGGAGCAUUCCAAAACACGAUACCUUCAGUCCCAAACUGGGCUCUUGAGAGUGCAGUCAUUGUGGGAAGAUUUCAAGAAGAAACUUGAAAGGAAGAUAACUGAGCUUCAACAUAAGAGUUCAUGUGGCAAUGAAAACAACACUGAUUUAAAGAGAGAGAUCACCAAACUAUCUUUAGUGUUGGAUGAAUUUUGUGUUCAGGCUGAGGUAUGGCAACAAGAAAACAACCAGCCGCAGAGUUUCUUAAAACAAAUCUCGAGUCCAAAGGAGCUUUUUUCUGUUGAACAUGAACAAAAUGAGGACAGAUGUUAUGAACUUUCAGAUGCUGGAUCUGUGGAUCAGGAUGUGCCCAAAGUACAGAAACAUGGUGAAAUAAAUACUCCAGGGUCUAAGCAAGAGGAGACCUCUGCUGGAAAGGCUAAAAAACCAAAGGACACACACUGUAUAACUGCAGAAACAAAAUCUGAGGUGAGGGUUUUGUCUGUUCAGGAAGGGUUUGGCUCAACUUUGGAGGGUGAAGCUCAAAAUUGUGAGGUUGAACAAAUAAAAGCUGUGAGGCAAAUACACGAUUCUGAGCAUAGCAUGGAAACCCGGAGGUUGGAUGUGCAAGAAGGAACAAAACAGGUAUGUUUCCUGCUGAAGAGACAUUGCGAUCACAAGACAAGUUUAUUUAAAAAAACAGCCAAAAAGGAAUAUUACAAAAGAAAAUGCCUUGGAUCACAAGUAGAGCUCUUUAAGCUGUAUCUAAAGAGGAAGUACUUCAAUAAUAGGUCUGGAGACAAAACAACAAAGUUUGAAAAUGUGAGUUCGAUUUGCAUUAAUCUUCAGAGACAGAUUUUUAAACUCAAGUCAGAAAAGGAGCAUUACACAAACCAAUGCCUUCAGCUCCAAGCUGGACUCUUGAGAGUGCACUCAAUGUGGGAGAACUUAAAGACACAGCUUGAAAGCAACAUGUCUGAGCGUCAGAAUGUGAAUUUAUCUGGCAAACAUGACAAUCUAGAUUUAGGAACAGAGAUUGAUGAACUAGGUUUAGCUUUGGAUGAGCUUCUAAUUCAACUGGAAGCAUCUGAACAGAACUGCAUCCAGACACAGAAUCUAUUGAAGCCAAAUAAAAACACUGCAAAUUGGACAUUUUCUGCUGAGGUUGAGCAAACUGAACACAGGCGUUAUACAUUUGUGGAUUCUGAAGAUAAACAAUGUGACGUCUCCAAGGUACAGGAUCUUAUUCUCUCCUUGAAAAUCAAAGCUCCAGAAUCGGCACAAGAGGAGACAUUUGCUGCAACAACUGAGGAACUUCAGGACACACAUUGCAUAAGCAUUGAGGCUAAAUCUGAGAGGUUGGAUUUGCUCAAGGUAGAGAAAUUUAGCACAUUGUUUGACCAUAAAGUUACAGAAUGUGAGCGAGAACAGACAUCCACUUUGGGCAGUGUCUUCCUCAAGGAAAGACAAGAUACAAAACAAAGCAAGGGUUCUCAAUGUUUGUGUUUGCCAGAAGCAGAAAGAACCAAGCUGUUUUUUCUUCAAAAGAGAGUUUGUGAUCUUGAAGCAGAGUUAUCUAAAGGAAAUGAUGAAAAGGAAAAUUACAAAAAACGUUUAGAUAAAUCACAAGGUGAGCUCUUGGAAAUGCAUGCAAUGCUGAAUAACUUCAAUCAAAAGCCUGAAGAAAAGACAGCUGUCCCUUUAAAUGUAAGUUCAUCUGGAAAUGACAGCAAUGAAGAUAUAGAUGAAAACUUCAAAUGUUUGCGUGAAGCUGCAGAUGCGUUUGAGUUUCAAGCUCAAAAGAUUGAAGAUUUAGCUGAAAAACUUAAGAAACUUACAGAACCAAAAGAAACAGACCCAAAGGACACAUUUUCUUCUCAGGUAAAGCACGACGAGCACACAUAUUACAUGUUUUUGGAUUCUGAAAAUGAGCUCCCUGUUGUGCCUAGGCAUGAUGCAGAACAAAACAAGGAAUCUCGAAGUGUUUGUACACCAGAAGCAGAAAUAACCGAGCUGUUUUCCCUUCAACAAAGAAAUUGUGAUCUUGAGACAGAGUUACUCAAUGAAAAGGACGAAAAUAACUUUUACAAAAAACUUUUAGAUAAAUUACAAGCUGAGCUCUUGGAAUUUCAUGUAAUAGUAGAUAACCUGAAUCAAAUGUCUGAAGAAAAGACAGCUGCCCUUUUAAAUGCAAGUUCAUCUGGAAAUGACGAUGUAGAUGAAAACAUCAAAGGUUUGCGUGAAGCUGCAGAUGCGUUUAAAUUUCAAGCUCAAAGGAUUGAAGAUUUAGCUGAAAAACUUAAUAAAACAUUUUCUGAAGAGAUUGACCAUAAUGAGCACAGAUUUCUUUUGAUUUUAGAUGCUGGAUAUGAAGACCGUGACGUACCUAAUGUACAGAGCCCCAGUGGCUCCAUGGAAAUCACUGCUCCUGAAUCUGUGCCAGAGGAGACCUCGGCUGCAGCACCUAAGGAACUUAAGGAGACACACUGCAUUUUAAUGGAUACUAAAUCUUUGGAUUUUGUUUUGCCCCAGGCAGAGAAAUCUAGCACAUCUUUGGAUAUUAAAGGUCCAAAAUGUAAGCAAGAACAGAUAUCUGCUUUGGAGGGUGAACUCCUGGACCCUGGCCAUGAUACAGAACAAAACAAGGAAUCUCAAAGUGUUUGUACACCAGAAGCAGAAAUAAUCACACUGGUUUACCUUCAACAGAGAGUCUGUGAUCUUGAAGCAGAGGUAUCUAAUGGAAAUGAUGAAAAGGAAUAUUACAAAAAACUAUAUAGUGAAUCACAAGCUGAGCUCUUGGAAAUGCAUGCAAUGCUGAAUAACUUCAAUCAAAAGCCUGAAGAAAAGACAGCUGCCCUUUUAAAUGCAAGUUCAUCUGGAAAUGACAGCAAUGAAGAUAUAGAUGAAAACAUCAAAGGUUUGCGUGUAGCUGCAGAUGCGUUUGAGUUUCAAGCUCAAAGGAUCGAAGAUUUAGCUGAAAAACUUAAGAAAUUUACAGAACCAAAAGAAACAGACCCGAAGGACACAUUUUCUUCUGAGGUAAAGCACGACGAGCACACAUAUUACAUGUUUUUGGAUUCUGAAAAUGAGCACCCUGUUGUGCCUAGGCAUGAUGCAGAACAAAACAAGGAAUCUCGAAGUGUUUGUACACCAGAAGCAGAAAUAACCGAGCUGUUUUCCCUUCAACAAAGAAAUUGUGAUCUUGAGGCAGAGUUACUCAAUGAAAAGGGUGAAAAGGAAUAUUACAAAAAACUUUAUGAUAAAUCACAAACUGAGCUCUUGGAAUUGCGUGCAACAGUGGAUAACCUGAAUCAAAUGUCUGAAGAAAAGACAGCUGCCCUUUUAAAUGUAAGUUCAUCUGGAAAUGACGAUGUAGAUGAAAACAUCAAAGGUUUGCGUGAAGCUGCAGAUGCGUUUGAAUUUCAAGCUCAAAAGAUUGAAGAUUUAGCUGAUAAACGUAAGAAACGUACAGAACCAAAAGAAACAGACCCAAAGGACACAAUUUCUUCUGAGGUAAAGCACGACGAGCACACAUGUUAUAUGUUUUUGGAUGCUGAAAAUGAGCACCCUGUUGUGCCUAGGCAUGAUGCAGAACAAAACAAGGAAUCUCGAAGUGUUUGUACACCAGAAGCAGAAAUAACCGAGCUGUUUUCCCUUCAACAUAGAAAUUGUGAUCUUGAGACAGAGUUACUCAAUGAAAAGGACGAAAAGAACUUUUACAAAAAACUUUUAGAUAAAUUACAAGCUGAGCUCUUGGAAUUUCAUGUAAUAGUAGAUAACCUGAAUCAAAUGUCUGAAGAAAAGACAGCUGCCCUUUUAAAUGCAAGUUCAUCUGGAAAUGACGAUGUAGAUGAAAACAUCAAAGGUUUGCGUGAAGCUGCAGAUGCGUUUGAAUUUCAAGCUCAAAGGAUUGAAGAUUUAGCUGAAAAACUUAAGAAAUUUACAGAACCAAACGAAACAGACCCAAAGGACACAUUUUCUGAAGAGGUUGACCACAAUGAGCAAAUCAAGGAAUCUCAAAGUUCAUGUGUGCCAGAGGCAGAAAUCCCAGAGUUGGUUUUGGAGCAACAGAGAGUUUGUGAUCUUGAGGCGGAGGUACUUCAAGAAAAGUCUGAAAAGGACUAUUCCAGGGACGCAUACAAUGAAUCAGAAGCUGAGGUCUUGGAAUUGUGUUCAAAAUGGGAUACCUUGAAUAUAAUGUCUGAAGGAAAGACAAAUGUGCCUGAAAAUGCACUUUUAUCUGGUAAUGAUAAUGCAAAUGUAAAGGAAAAUGCAGGGUGUCUGCAUUUAGCAUCAGAUGCACUUCAGUUUCAAGGGGAAAUUUCUGAACAAUCUGAGACAAAACCAAAUCAAACAAUGCCAGAAGAAACGAGUCCUGUUGCUUCACUGGAAAUAGGCUCUGUAGACUUUCGACAUUCUAACUAUAGUACAGAGGACGAGCAAUACAACAUAGGACAUCACUCGUUCCUCAAUGCUAAAUCUAAGGAUCUGACAGAACCUGGAAAAUAUUUUCAAAUGAGUACAGAAUUUAAAAAAGAAGAGACUUCUGUUGUUGAGGGUAAAAUACAUGAGCAAAGAGAUGACAUGUUCUUUGAUACUAACACUGAAAAAUGUGAGCUGCAGAAAGACAGUUCCUGCCUGAACCUUCUGUCAUCAGAGUCUGAACAAGGAGAAACGUCCGCCACUGAGAGCAAUCAGAACAAGCAAAAAUAUACUUCUAUCAUGGAUACUACAACAGAACACCUAAAUAUACCUCAGCAAAAGAAAGACCUACCUGAAGUUGCAUCUCCAGAGUCUGAGCAAGGGGAGGUCCUUAUGCCUGCCAACGAGCAACUUGAACAAACUCAUGAGACAUUCUUUGAAACAUAUUCUCAGGAAACUGCAUCUGAAUUGGACAGUGCGACGGCUGCUGUGGAAACGGCGAUCCCAGAAGAAGAGACUGCUACAAUUGAGACUGAGAAUCACGAGAUAAGAUGUCCACCAAUAUUUGAUACGCAAUCUGAUCAUUUGAUUGCACUUGAGGAGCGAAAAGGAAGCCCUUCAUUGGACAUUGAAUUCACAGAGUCAGAUUUAGAUGUUUAUUUUCCUGCUUUGGAUGAACUACCUGAGCAAAACUAUGACACUUUUUUUGAACCUGGUUAUCCAAAUACUUCACCUGAAUCUAAUGCUUCUUUGGAAGUAUUCAAACUAGAUGUCCAAACUCAGAAAGAGGCAACUGAUGUGGGUGGUGAGGAGACUUUAGCUUCUGAGGGUCGGAGUUUACGUUUUUGGCAAUUUACAGUUAAAGUUUUGCGAAAUAUGUCCUUGUCAUUUGUGUUCUCCAUUUUGAGUACAUAUAUAUAUCAGACAUUAUACCACAAUGUGGAUCUGACCCAUGGUCUCUACAAUCUACUAGAACACCUCUGCACCUUUGAACAUGUUGUUCCUGUUCCCUUUUAAUUUAGCCAACAAGCAUGCACAUUCAUUUUAAUUGUAUGAAAUUUCAUUAGCCUCUAAAAAAACUGCUUUUUUCUACAGAACUGUUAUUGCAGAGACUAUGAGCAGUCACUUCGCCUUACCAUUGAUAGUAAUAGGGAAAUGUGAAGACUGUUGUGCAGUAUUAUAUUUAAGUUUGGUUAUUUAAUAUUUAACCAAAAAACCUUUGGUCUAUCAAAUAUUGUCUAAGGUUUAUUUAGCAGGAAUUUGGAAAUUAUGUCAAAUUUGUUUUAAAACAAAUUAGGGAACCAUUGGUGUGUUUAAACAACCAGUCACAAUGCAAAUCAGAAUGAUAGAUUAAUUUUUUUUAAAUAAGACAUUAUAUUAAGAUAUUAUAAAUAAACAGGGGAUUAUUUUAAAAAAAAAUCUAAAUGUUUACAUGAUGUAUUCUUUGUUUUUUGUUAGUGUUUGUAAUAUUGUGUGACACAGCUAGAAGGUGACUGGUUCUGGAUAGGUCCUUUACGUGUCAAAUUAGCGAGAAAAGGUUUUUUUCCAGGUGCGCUGGUUUUUCCGAAAAACAUUGGUUAAGUUAACUGGCCAGUGUAAAAUUAUAUGACAUAGCUGCCAAGAAGGUGUCUAAGCUUGAAGUAUUUCGUCAAAUGGGCUAAUGUUGGGCCUGUAAGGAACUGGUACCCUGACACAUAUGUUUACUUUUUACCAAUAUUAUACCAAGAUUGGUAUUGAAAGCCAAUCACAUUCACAGACUGGGGUGCUCAUCUGCUGGUUGGAACUUGUUAUUUGCUGACAUUCUAACCAUUGUCAAAUGUAAGCAGACUUUACUCAGUAGCCAAUACAUAGCUCAACCUCUUAUAAAAACACCAACCAACAUCAUAGUCUUGUGAAUACAAGCCCAAACUUUAACAUUUUUGUUUCCCAAGCAGGGUAAAAAAAAUGAAAGCCCUGUGUUGCAAACAGUUACCAUGUUCACGUUUAGGGGAAAAUAAAUUUAAUAGCAGUGACAAAAUAUUAGUUUCCAAACCUUAGACUUACAGAAAUAGUUUUUAGAGAUUGAAUAUAUCCAGAAAAAAAUUAUUCCUUGCAUGAUUUGGAUCUUUCCCUCAACUCUCUGAAAA